AUGUCGGCCGACGCGGUGCCAGUCAUCUCGACGCUCGAAGAAGCCAGCAGCUUGCUCGAGCGACUGCGCGCACUCGCCUCCAGUAUCAGCGAGGCCGCGUCCAGCCCGACGCUCAAGACCGAGCAAGACUACAUCUCCGGCGUCGUGCCGCAGCUCGAUGAGGCCACUACGACGUACCAGGCGCUGGCCACGUUCCUGCGCGAGCACAAGCGCGGCAAGGCCGAGAGCGGCGGCUUCCGCGAUGUGCAGCGCUCCUUUGUGCGCGUGAUGCAGGAGCUGCAGACGGCUCAGCGCCAGGCGGCGGCGCGGCGCGAGGCGCUGUGCGACGCCGACUUCAUGGCCGGCAACGGGUCUGUAGCCAUCUCGGCCCAGGAGAUCCAGACGGCCAAGGAGGAGGUGCUGGAGGCUGGCGAGAUCGCGCAGGAGGCCGCGGCCGUCAACGCGUUGUUCAGGCAGGUGGGGACGCUGGUCAGCGAGCAGGGGCAGGGGGUGGACCAGAUCGCCACCAAGGUGGAGGCCGUGCGCGUGGAGAUCGGCAAGGGUGUGGACGAGCUGCAGCAUGCGCGUCAGUUGCAACGUGAGGCGCGGCAGAAGUACCUCUGGUAUCUCUGCCUGCUCUCGCUGGUACUCGCCGCCAUUAUCAUCCCGCUCGUCUUCGCGCUCAAGUAG